AUGACUUUCAAGGAAAAGAAGAAGAAAUGUGACGAGGAACGGCCGCAAUGUUCCCGUUGCGCCGAGCGCGGCCUGGACUGCAAUUACGAGCCCGUGAAACCGCGACAGCGAAGAAAGCGAGACUCGGCCGCCUCAACCACGACCGCUAGCAAGCUUGCUCUCAACAGUUCUCACGAUCUUGUGGCCCCAGGCUCCGGCGAUAGUCCAGACAGUGACGACAGUGGCUACGAUUUCCACCAUCACAACCCCCACGGACACAGCCAGGUUUUCGGGGACGAAGUCUACGAGUCGGAUUUGUUGUCUCCGCUUCAGAGCCCCUUCGACACUGUGUCCCUGCUCAGCUACCCACUUGCGGAAUUGUCGACUCUGAGUCCAAUCGGCUCUGUUGCCUGCGACUUGCCGGCUGACUUCGACGAGGAUGAAACAGCCGAGGAGGUCACGAGCCACGCGGUCGUCCACCACGGCUCAAAGCUUCCCGAUCUAGCCAUGAUUGCACCGUGCCCUACAGGCUCGCCUCUUCUCGAAUUUUGUGUCCCCGCGUUUUCCGAGUUCUCUGAUCGCCCUAAUCGACGUGCGCUGGUGGAUCAUUUCUGCAAUGUGUUGAGCCACCUCAUUGUGUUCAGGGAGGAGUCGGGGAACCCAUUCCAACAGCUCGUUCUGCCUCUGUCACAGAAGAGCUCGCCAGUAAUGAAUGCCAUAUAUGCUCUAGCUAGUGCUCAUUUGGAAUAUCGAGGCGUUGAGAACGGAGAGAAGUCACUCUACUUUCAUAACCAGGCUAUUCAGGGGCUCGCGCGUCUCAUAGAGCGCGAGGGCAAGGUGAAUAGGAACGAGCUAUUGGCAGCGAUUAUGCUUAUUGUAUAUUACGAAGUGCUUGUGCAGAAAGGACGAUCGAACAUCGUCGAGGGGCACCUGAAAGGGGCGCUCGCCAUUAUGAGCUCAAGCCCGGAACCAACAGAUCCCACAGCCAUCUUCUUAGAACGCGCGUUUCGAUUCUAUGAUGUUAUUGCAGCAUUAUCUUUUGGAACAGCACCACUCUCAACCGCCCCUGCUGCGGGCUGCCUCUUGCCCUUCCCGCCAUUAGGAGCGCCAGCCGUGUCAGCUCUUAGCAACGUUGACACACUGCUUGGGAUGGCCACCACAUUAUGGCCUAUCAUCCAUCGCCUGUCCGGUCUCUCGUCACUGAAGAGCGAAUUGGAGAAUGCGGUCGGCACGGGCCAGAUGUCAUCCAAGAUUGCUGUUCUCCGCACAGAACUCGAAACGACGUCCGACGCGAUCGAAGUCGCUCUGCGACAGUGGCAGCCUUGCUUGCCCUCCGAAUUCUCGCCCGACGAUGCCGUCGAGUGUAUUGCCAAGGCCCAUGCCAAACAAGCUGAGGCUGCGAAGGAUUCGGAGUCCCCUGAGAAGGCCCGGCUUCACUCAAUCUUCAACAAUGCCAUGGCUUACCGCCACAGUGCCUUCGUGUACUUGUAUAGGACAAUAUACGGCUACUCCAGGUCAUCGCCCCUGGUCCAGUCACAUGCUCAUGCGGCACUGGUGCAUUGUGCCGCAACAUGCUCUUACGAAGGUCCCAUGAGUGCUCUACUCUGGCCAUUGUUUGUUGCCGCUUGUGAAGCGGCAACCGCGGAAGAUCGCGAAUUGGCACGAGAUGCUUUCGUACGCAUCGAGAAGCGCCAGGGCAUGAUGAAUAUUGAACGUGCCUGGGAUAUUGUCCGCGAGGUGUGGCGGCGAACAGACAUGUCGGAGAAAGACUCCCUCUUGGCUGAUGUGACUUGCCGCGAGAGGGACGGCAAGAGCGCUGAUCUGUGGAGAAGAGUCAGUGAAGACAUGGGCGUAAACAUUGUCUUCGGUUGA